ACUAAUUGGUCAACAGUUACAAAGUGAACACUGAUUGGAAGAAGCAACAAUUAACCAAAGGAAAAGAUUCUAAUCCAAAUUGUAUAUAAACUGUUUUCUUUUCUCAGUUGAUCAUCAGUUCUUUGUGAAACAUCAACAAGGUUAUCCCUUUUAUUUGGCGAGGAAAAAAAUCUCCUUCAUUUUUACUUAAUUUUUGUGGUUUUUUGUUUGUUUUCUACUCUACCAAGAAUCAAUUAUCUCCAUCAACAUGAUUGUGUUUACAAGUUUAGUAAUUACCUUGUCCAUCUUAUCAACUGCCUCUGGUACCGGUGACCUAUUGAAUUUGGCUCUUGGAGUUACCCCCGAUCCUGUCGUCCUUCCCAAUGUUGUUCCUGGUGCUUCCUUGGACCUUUCAUCCUCCGAUGCCGCUGCUCCUCCCAAGGCUGAGUCUCUAUUGGACAAAUUAACGGCACCAUUUGCCUUUCUUCAGGGUGGAUUACCUUGUCUUGGACAAACAAGUCUUAAGGCCGGUAAUUGUAAAGAUUUUGAUGAAUGUGCCGCCAAGGGUGGAUUCGGUGAUGGUAAAAGUCUAUGUAUCGGUCAAGCCGUUUGCUGUGUUAAGCCCGUCAAGUGUGGGGAAAUUUCCCUCCUUAACAACACGAUUCUCGCUAAUCCCGGUUUCCCUGGUGCUACCGUUCAAACUGGUUCAUGUGUUGUUAAAUUGAUUAAACCCAUUGGUAUUUCUCAUAUUAAAUUGUUGAUUGAAGAUCUCGAAUUGGCUCAACCUGAUAAACUCACUGGUAAAUGUGAGAACGAUGCUCUUUCCGUAUCCGGUGGUGUCCUUCCUGGCUUUGGAAUCAAUAAAAUUUGUGGCCUCAACUCCAAGACUCACAUUUACAUUCCCACCGUGAUUGAAUUGUCUGACAUCUUUAUCAAGAUCGAUUUAGCUGAUGAUGGUUCAAUUAAAAGACGUUGGUUGAUUCGAGCUGAAAUGAUUGAGUUUAAAAGCCCCGAGAAACCACCAGUUGGAUGUGCUCAAUAUUAUCGAGAAGAAGCUGGACUUAUUACAAGUUUAAACUUCGAUUUAAUAAAUAAAACUGGUCUUGGUAAUAUCGAUGGUCUUAAGUAUGGAAUAUGUUUUGGCAAUUUACACGGAGGUUGUACCAUUAAACUCAAGCCAAUCUUUUUCAAUCUCGGUGGAAAAAUCUCAAGUCACACCCUGGAAUCAGCUCCAUCAAGAGUUUCCCGCGCUGCUCCUUUCGUUUACCGACCAAACACUUAUUCGAAUCGUCCAAGUAACAACAGAUACUUCACUACUUCUGGAUUACACGCUCCAUCCAAUGUACCUGCAUCGUACUUGAAGGCUUAUUCAAACGCUCAAAAAUUCAGGCCACAAGGAGCAUACACACCAUACAGAUAUCGUCUUCCUGUUUACCACCGUCCAUCUCUCGUUGAGGCUCAACGUUACCCAUAUUCACCCUUCUUGGUUAAACUUCCGUAUGGUGCAGUCUCACCCUUCAUGAACCGACCGUUGGCAUUUUACCCUAACAUGUUCACUGGCCAGUACAAUGCACCAAUGAAAAAGCCCGAUGUUGACAUCGCUAAAUUGGAAGGCAAAUUAGAUGAUAAAUUAGAUGAUAAAUUAGAUAAAUUGCAAGGAUUAGGCGAUAAAUUAGGUCUUAACCCGUCCGCUGAACUUUCCCUCCCUGCAUCUUGCCCUGAUCAAGACACUGUUGUCUUCCCAAUUCCCGAUGAUGGUACCAGUCCAAUUCACUGUGGUGAUGAAUUCCACUUUGGCGGUGAACUUGUUUCCUCGUUUUCUCCUUUCAUGAUAACCGUUUUCAACAAAGGACUUCACCAUGGUAAAGGAUUUGCUGUCACUUACAAAGUACAGUGUUAAUUAUGAGAAAAUCUUAUUCUAAUUGUAAAUUUUUGCACCACUAAUUUUUGUUAUUACACUUGUUGUUUUUAAAUCUUUUCCCAAUCAUAUUUUUUUUCACAAUUGAUUUUAGCCUCUUAUACAACCUUGCUUAUUUCGAGCAUAGUUAACCUUUUUUGAUUUUAAUUCACUCAUUUGAAAACAAAAACCAAUCAAUCUAUGUACAUAUUGAAAAAAAAAGGAUCUAAAAGAAAUUAAAUAUUCCGAAGGAGUUAAAAUAUAUAAUCAAAA